UUGUUUUUUAAUUUUAUUAUAAAAUUUACUUAAAAAGUAAUGUGCCUAUGUAGAUAUUACGCGAUUUUUUUUUUUUUUUUUUUUUUAUUGAAAGAAACAAUUGCAUAAUAUUUGGCGGGUUAUAAAAAAUAAUAAAAAUGCAACGCCUCUUCUGAUUGGUCGAUUCAAUGUCCGAUGUCAUACGGAAGAGACCGAGUUACUUUCUAAAUGUAUUUAACAAUAUGGCGUACCGACGUUUGAAUUUGAACGUUACGUGACAACACACAGAAAGUUGUAGGACAUGUGAAAUAAGUUUUUUUUUUAUGCUCUUCUAUUUAGCUUAUUGUGAUUUAUAUUAAGGAUAAAUAUUAUAGGAAUAGAGCUUUAAGACAUUCUCGAUUCUUAUUCAUUUUAAGAUCAUGGAUAAUUUUGUUAAGAUUGAAAAAAUUGGUGAAGGUACAUAUGGUGUUGUGUAUAAAGGUAAACACAAAAAGACUGGUGAAAUUGUAGCCAUGAAAAAGAUUCGCUUAGAAAGCGAUGACGAAGGUGUACCAUCGACUGCAAUCAGAGAGAUUUCUAUUCUUAAGGAGUUGAAACACCCAAAUAUCGUUAGCUUGGUCGACGUUCUCAUGGAAGAAUCUAGAUUGUAUCUUAUAUUUGAGUACCUUACUAUGGAUUUAAAGAAAUAUAUGGACAGUUUGGGAAAUGGUAUAAUGAUAGAACCUAAAACAGUCAAGUCCUAUUUAUAUCAGAUAACACGAGCAAUUCUAUUCUGUCAUAAACGUAGAGUAUUACAUCGUGACUUGAAGCCACAAAAUUUAUUAAUUGGUGCAAAAGGUGUUAUCAAAGUAGCAGAUUUUGGAUUAGGAAGAGCAUUUGGAAUUCCAGUCAGAGUUUACACGCAUGAGGUUGUUACUUUAUGGUAUAGAGCACCUGAAAUUCUUCUUGGAGCUAGUAGAUAUUCUUGCGCCAUAGAUAUGUGGAGUGUUGGCUGUAUUUUUGCUGAAAUGGCAACGAAGAAGCCAUUGUUUCAAGGAGACAGUGAAAUCGAUCAAUUGUUUAGAAUAUUUCGGAUUUUAAGAACGCCUACAGAAGAAAUAUGGCCUGGUGUCACACAAUUAAAUGAUUAUAAAACAACAUUUCCAAACUGGGUAACAAACAAUCUAGAAGCCCAAGUAAAGAAUCUUGACGCGGAUGGACUUGAUCUAUUGCAGGCAAUGCUUAUUUAUGAUCCCGUUCAUAGAAUAACAGCAAGGGCAGCUUUGAAACAUCCUUAUUUCCAAGACUUGGAUAUUAGAAAGUUACCAUCUGCAUAAUGAGAAAGGGGAAAAAGGAAAGAACAAAAAAAAAACAAACAAACAAACAAACAAACAAAGAUACGUUCGUUGUGUUUCUUUAUGACAUUUUAAUCGUGCGACAAUAUGAAAAAAAAAAAAAAAUAUAUCUUAGGAUAGUGGAGGGAUGUGAGUUAAGUUAUUUGAGUGCGAACAUUCCUUUAGUUGAUGGAUA